GGAGGCCAACGCGGAAGUGAUAACAGACUGAAGCCCCCUGUAAACCAUGGACCUAGCUGUAAACUUGUGUUGGUCAUCGUUGUUACUAAAGUGAACACUAGUGAAAUAGUUAGCACACUGGUUCUUUAAGACAGCAGAAAACGUUGGAGACUUUGUGAUCACCUCCUUGCAGAUAUCGUUUGAAACAGUUAAGAAUCUCCCACUAGGGAUAUGACUCUACAGUGGAAAGCCGUGGCCGUGUUCCUUUAUGGGGAGAUUGGCAUUGUUAUCCUGCUAUGUUUGCCCUUUAUUUCUGCUACAAGAUGGCAGAGCAUAUUCAAGCUGAACAUUUGGAACAGUGUGGCGAGGUUCUGGAACAAGGGGUUUCUGGCCAUGAUCAUCUUUCUUAUUGUUCUCUUCCUUGACGCCGUGCGAGAAGUUAGGAAGUACUCCAACAUGGAGCCUGGCAGAGAUCCAAAGGUUGGCGCAGUCCGGUAUGACCACGUGUACAUGAAGCUCUUCGGAGCCCAGCGGAACCUUUACAUCUCUGGCUUCUCGCUCUUCCUCUGGCUGGUGGUGAGGCGAAUGGUCACCCUAAUAAACCAGCUGGCCACAUUGCACCUCACCUCCGCCGCACUCCAGAUACAGGCCGACAGCAAUAACCAGGCAGUCAUAAAGAACAUGGAGAACAAUGAGCUUCUAAAACAAACCCUGACUGAAGGGAAGGGGGAUAAGUCUACCACAGAGGGCAGGGAGCAGUUGAAGAAAGAGGUGGAGAUGCUUAAAGAAGAAUUAAAGACCUCAGGCGAAGCGCUGAAGGAGUCCCAGUCAGAUGCCGAGGCUGUGAAGAGACAGUCAGACGGAUUGGCCAGAGAGUAUGAUAGCCUUCUGAAUAAGCACCAACUGCUACAGAACACUGAGGACAGUGAAGACAAAAAGGACAACUAGUUUUGAUGGACACUGGCUUCAAUGCAAACGUUACAACAAUACGACCAACGAACCAUAUGAUCCAACACACGACGUCUUAGGUCAAGAGAAUCAAAAAUCCAACCAUUAUCAUCUUGGACGCAGAGCUGCCGUGCAUGAUAUUGUUUUCCCUGGCAUAAGAUAACAAUUGAGCGGAACGAUUGUGUUCUGUGAUGCGAUGGCUCUUGCUGUUAUGAAGUACAAUUAGUAUAAUGCUGGGAUGAGGGCGAGCCUGGCCUGUUAGGCAGUGUUCACACUGAUACAUCCAAAUAAAUCUGAGAGUUUCUUGGACCAUUUAACCAAGGUCUGAUGCUAGAGCAGUUGUGACGAGAUACGGUGUCUCAUUCUAUUUAUUUUUGUCAUAUAACCUUUAUAUAUUGGCAUCAUAGUUCACAAGGCUUGAUUUACUAUAAAAAAGGCCAGGGCCUCGUUUCCCGAUAACGAUGGACCGUUUCCCGAAACUCUUCCUAACAUGAACGCGUGUUCACUGCACUCACAACGUUCGUAGGUUUGUAACUGUCUAAUGACACAGUGCUGAAAUGGGCUCCGUACUGAGGGAGACGCAGGAAUGUCGCAGAAAAUGGGGUUAAAAAGCGUUAAAAUAUCUCCCCAUCAAGGCCAACAGCAGAAUAGCCUACGAAAAGAAUAGACUGCAAUCAUUUGAAUGCUAAAGAUAUUAAAACAAUUGAUUAGGCCUAGGCCGACAUAUGUAUUGCUCCUAAUCCUGAAUGCACUGUGUGUACAUUUUUCACGGCAUUUUCCCCCCUUCCAUAAUACAAAAAUCUAAAAUAGCUUGUGUGACAACUAGGUGCUGAUUUCUAAAACAUGCUUUGCGCAGCAAAGAGAGCCGACUUUAUCUGAUUCCGCAUAACGUUUCAUUGAUUGGCGCGCACUCUCUCGUUACAUUUAAAAUGCAACGUUCCAUUCAUUCAUUUGCAUUCAAACGCAGAGGCUAGGCAUUGACACACGGCUAUUGCUGUCCCGAUUAGGAGAGCUUGGUCUAGAUCCUGCCCAUAUUGUUAGGCAGGAAGAAGUAGGCUAUAGUUCUUUUUACGCUGCCAAGCCGGUUCGCUCGCAACUUGGCACGCCCGGCGAUUUCACCUUCUUAUCUCAAGUUUCCUGUGUAAAAACGAGGGGGUCAACCCCACAGCGUCACGGCGUGGGCUUUCUUGGUUCACUGGAGAAGGCGGGGCUGCGCACGGAGUCCAGACCUCUUUAGAAUAAUUAGUAUUAUUGCAUACUCCCGAAUGUUAAAAAAAAUUUAUGAAUGCAAUAAUGAGUUCACGUCUGAGUGUAGACUACAACUUACUAACUUCAUCACAGCCUCACCGAAGCGCCUGCAGUGUUUAAUGCAAACAAUCGCAACAAAAAACGCCUGCAGAAAUUAUCCGACACCCGCUGGUCUCCUAGUAGCCUAUGUCUUCUGUCAUUGAUCAAUAUGAAGACAUUUUAACCACGAUGGUUGAAUUAAAAUCAGAGGGAGACGGCAAGUGCAGCUCGAAAGCGACCUCCCACACAAGAGAGAUGGAAUCAUUUGAUUUUAUUAUAUGCCAUGUGAUGUGGCGUUUGAUCGUUACAUUUCGACUGCGCAUGUAUUUUUGGAAUUUAAAAUGGCUGCAAUAAAUUAUGUUGUUGUUGACAACAUGUCUCUAUCUUUGCUGUUUAAAUCUAACGGUAGUCUAUGAGUAAUAUAUCGGCGGUAACCACUGUUUUUGGUUGCGAAAUUGUGCCAGCUGGGCAUUCCGUGGUAUUGGAUGUGUUUUAAUAAAACAUAUCCAAUACACGGAAUGUCCGCUGGUGACGCCACUGAGGCUAUAGUAGUCUAACGAUGCUCUUAGCAUCCUACGAGUACCCCUGGAGUCCUCGUUAGGUAUGAGCGUUUUCAUGACGUUCGUUACCAACGAUGCUUUCGGGAAACGGUGUGAAAACUGUACGAUGCUCGUACGACGCACUCCACGAUCCACUUAGGCUAACGAUGCUUUCGGGAACAGGGCCGAGGGCUGAAGUUUUAUGUUAUUGAAGCAAUUGUUUUGGUACUUAAUUAUCUUUGGCGAAAACCUGUUGCGUUUAUCCAUGUUAACCCACUGUGAACUAUGCAAUGGCAAUUCUUUUUACCUGAUUUUCCACGGCUUGAAAAAGUCUUACUAUGAUGUAUUUUGUAUCCAAUGUAUUUUUUUAUCCCAAAUUCAACAUGCUGUAUUUGAAAAUGUAUAUUUUUAUUUAAUUCUUAUUUUAUAUAUAUAUAUUAAAUAGAAUGAGACAUUUCAGACAUUGUGUUUUUAUUAAUAUUCAUAGCCUCCCUCUAGUUUUCAGUAUUGUCAAAAAUGACAUCAUAUUGAAAGAAAUAUGAGCACUGCCUUUGAAGUUAGAAAAAAGUUAAGCAAUUUGUUACACAUAACGAUUGUGAAUAAAUUUAAUAUCACAUGA